UUUCGUAUUAUUAAAAAUAAAAGGUAAAAAAAGUUUACGAUGAGCUUAUGCUUUUGCUCAAUCCUGAAGCCUUCGCUCCUGAAUCGCGAGCAUGAUUUCGUUUCUCGUUGGGCUCCAAACCCUAGUAUCAAGCCCGUCCAGCUCUUUAAUCUUCAAACUCACGGCGGAUGUUUCCGAUUCAAGGCGGUGCAUACGGACGGCGUAGGAGUUAUUUACCCGGACGACACCGUUUCCGAGCGGACCGGCCCGAUUGCUGGUGCUGAACCAGAGGCUGAGGCCCAUGGAGUGAUCAGUGAAGCCGCGGGCACCGCGCCGGAAGAAUCUCAAGAUGCACCAAGUCAAAUUCGGUCAAAGAGGUCGGAGGAAAAGAAAGGAAGUGUCGACGAAAGUGAUAGAGAAAGUCGAUUCAAACUGCGAAAUGGACGCGAGGUAUUUGAAGAGAAAGCUUAUCUAGUUGGUGUGUCAAGGAAAGGCGAUACCGAUGGUUCUUUUAGUAUAGAAGACUCACUUGGUGAAUUGGAGCAGCUUGCUGAUACUGCUGGAUUAUCUGUUGUUGGUUCGACUUGUCAAAGACUUGCAACACCCAAUUCCAGGACAUAUAUAGGAUCAGGAAAGGUCGCAGAAAUUAAGAGUGCGAUCACUGCAUUUGGCGUUGAGACAGUAAUUUUCGACGACGAGCUUUCACCAGGACAAUUGAGGAACUUGGAGAAGGCCUUUGGUGGAGGUGUUAGGGUGUGUGAUCGUACUGCCCUUAUCCUGGAUAUCUUCAACCAGCGAGCUGCCACACGUGAAGCUUCUUUACAGGUAUCAUUAGCUCAGAUGGAAUAUCAACUACCCCGGUUAACGAAAAUGUGGUCCCACCUUGAGCGUCAAUCUGGAGGACAAGUGAAGGGUAUGGGUGAGAAACAAAUUGAAGUUGACAAGCGUAUCUUACGCGACCAGAUUGGUGCUCUCAAGAAAGAGAUAGAAUCUGUUCGUAAGCAUCGCAAGCAGUACAGAAACCGGCGAUUUGAUAUACCCAUCCCAGUUGUAUCUUUGGUUGGGUACACAAAUGCUGGAAAGAGUACACUUCUAAACCGAUUGACUGGAGCUGAUGUUCUUGCUGAGGACAAGCUAUUUGCAACACUUGAUCCUACUACAAGGAGGGUGCUGACGAAGAAUGGGAAGGAGUUUCUUUUAACUGACACCGUUGGCUUCAUUCAAAAACUACCAACAACACUGGUAGCUGCUUUCAGAGCAACCCUGGAAGAGAUAUCCGAGUCAUCACUUAUAGUACACGUCGUGGAUAUUAGCCAUCCACUGGCAGAGCAACAAGUUGAUGCAGUGGACAAAGUUCUUGCAGAACUUGAUACAACAUCAAUCCCAAAAUUAAUCGUCUGGAACAAGGUGGAUUUAUGUUUUAGAAUGCUAUUUUCACAGGUCGAUAAUGCAAAGGACCCUGAAAAAAUUAAGUCCGAAGCUGAGAAUAAUGCAGAUAUCGUAUGCAUUUCCGCUUUAACUGGUGAAGGACUGGAUGAUUUCUGCAAUUCAGUUCAAGAAAAACUGAAGGAUAUGAUGGUGUGGGUGGAAGCCCUAAUUCCAUUCGACAAAGGGGAACUUCUAAGCACCAUACAUCACGUUGGCAUGGUUGAAAAAAUCGAAUAUGUGGAGAAUGGAGCUUUGGUUAGAGCUCACGUUCCACUUCGAUUUGCUCGACUCCUCACUCCUAUGAGACAAACAUGUGCCUCGUAGCUUCUUCUUCCGAUAUUUUAACCUAUAUAAUAUCCUUGUAUAUAGCAAUAUUCCCACUUUCUUUAGCACAUUUCCUGAAUGUCUAUGAUACAAUUCUGGUUUCUUGUCAAUAUUGUCUCCAUUACCGGAGCCCGAAUUUUAAGUCCAGGGGGGCAAAUGCGUUAAAAAGACGUUUAUAUACAUCUUAUCCAUGAAUUUAUUUUAUAUAAUCAAAUUAUUUGUAAAACAAAUAUUCUUUUUUAAGCA